CAGGCCAGCACAUCGGUCAGCCGUUCUGCAACAGGGAUGUGACUUACAAGCACUUCAAAGCGGAGACGUCAUGAUAGAAAACUUGUGGACGGAGGUUUCCGAAUCAGUUUGGCCUUUUCCGUUUCGAACGAUUCCGUCGACUCGUUGAAGCUUUGUGGAGCUUCAAGACACUCUGACCCCGCUUAAGCUCCUGAUGUGAGUAUUUCUAAGCUUUUGCAAAUCCUCAGCACGUCCCCUGAUUGGCUGAACCUCGCCCAUUCUCCGAGCAUGAAGACUGUUAUCGUGAGCAGUAUUUAAGGAUCGGUCACAGAACGCUUCUUUCAACAUUCAUCAAACAUUUUACCCAAGGAAAGGAUCUGAACAAGAGCUAAAAAUGGCACCGAAGAUCGCGAUCGUCUUUUAUUCAAUGUACGGCCAUAUUCGUCAAUUGGCCGAAGCUGAAAAGAAGGGAAUCGAGGCUGCGGGAGGAUCCGCAACACUAUUUCAAGUAAAGGAAACAUUACCCGAUGAUGUGCUUGAGAAAAUGGGUGCCCUCAACGCAAAGGACACCUCCAUUCCCGUGCUUGACGAUCCAAAAGACCUCCUUGAGUACGAUGCCUUCUUGUUCGGUAUUCCAACUAGAUUCGGCAAUUUCUCCGCGCAGUGGAAGACAUUCUGGGACAAGACAGGACAAAUUUGGGCGACCGGUGGAUACUGGGGGAAAUAUGCCGGAUUGUUUGUUUCCUCUGGUACUCCAGGUGGUGGCCAAGAAAGCACUGCUCUCGCCGCAAUGAGUACUCUCGCUCAUCAUGGUCUCAUCUAUGUACCCCUGGGAUACAAAACUGUCUUCCCUAAGCUAGCCAAUUUCGACGAACCUCACGGAGGUUCUCCGUGGGGAGCUGGCACCUUCGCCGGCGCCGACGGGUCACGGAAGCCAACUCAGCUUGAACUUUCGAUCGCUGAAGAGCAAGGAAAGGCAUUCUACGGGGCCGUUUCCAAGGCUUUUCCGUGAACGAAAGCUCCCUGGAUCGUGAGCCUAAGUGGAAUUGAGAUUUGGAAGACUCUGGACGAAAAGACGAUGAAAUCAAGAUAUAUAACAUUGUUGGCAUUGUGCAAGAUGCUGAAAAUAGCAAAAAGAUGAAUUAUAUGAAAUUGCCAAAAAUAAGUCCAACGAUGUUUUUGUUGUAGCUGUUUUCGUAGACUUGGGUUCUUAGGACACAAAUGUGCAUAAUAGGUCAGUUGGUACUUUUGUUCCCCUGCUUAUGGAAAAUGAGACGCGCUUUGGUCUCACCAGAUGUAAUGCGUGUCCCCUAGCAACGACAAGGUAUUAGACGAUUCAGUUGAUAAUAAAAGCAUGCAACCAAGUCCUCG